UUUUCCCUCCUCCUGAUUUUGUAGUGCAAACAAAAAAAUUUUUUUUUAAAAAUUGUAGCAUCCAUCCCAAUUUUAACCUUUAAAGGUAAGAAAUUGGGAGAAGAACUUUUCUCCUCUUGAACUGAGACCAUUCCACAAAUUGACGGGCAGCCAGCAGCAUAUGCUUUUUGCAGAAAUAAUUGAAAACAUCAACUGGAGAGCACAGAAUCCUUUUGAAAGUCUGCCAAUUAUUUGAAGUAAUUUCAGCAGAGGAACAAAAUAAAACACUCAAUAUCUUAACCUUUACAGUUGCCUUCUUAGGAGUUGGUCUCUAAUUUGAUUUUUAGUCAUUCUGAUACAGUUUUUAUUUUAUGAUUGGUUUUUUGUUUGACUAGACGGAAUUUGACUUUAAUGAAAACCUAAGUGCUAACAAAGAAUCAUUUCACCAAGGCAACCUAUUAUCUCUUCACAUUUAGCUUGAAUUCAUUUUUAAUCUUUUAACAACAGCAGUAAUAUUGUCCUAAAGAGGGUGCACUUGAUUUUCAUUUUGUAUUCAAUAUGACGUCUGUCAAUGUUUCCCUGGUUCGUGAUACCAAGUGGCUGACGUUAGAAGUCUGUAGAGAAUAUCAGAGAGGAACUUGCUCUCGGGCUGAUGCAGACUGCAAGUUUGCCCAUCCACCAGGAGAUUGCCAUGUGGAAAAUGGUCGUGUGGUGGCUUGUUUUGAUUCUUUGAAGGGUCGGUGUACUAGGGAGAACUGCAAGUACCUCCACCCUCCUCCACAUUUAAAAACUCAGCUGGAAAUUAAUGGACGCAACAAUCUGAUUCAACAAAAGACUGCCGCAGCCAUGUUCACCCAACAGAUGCAGCUUCUGCUCCAGAAUGCUCAGAUGUCAUCCUUUACUUCUUUUCCAGUGGCUCCAUCACUUGCAGUGAAUCCUGCCGUGGCUUUUGGUCCUUAUAUGCCUCAUCCUGGGAUGGGCCUGGUUCCUGCUGAGCUUCUACCGAACACACCUGUUCUGUUUCCUGGCAAUGCGCCUCUCCCAGUGGCAGGAGCACCUGGCAUAAAACCAAUGCGUUCGGAUAAACUGGAGGUUUGCCGAGAAUUUCAGCGUGGAAAUUGUACCCGUGGUGAGAACGAUUGCCGCUAUGCUCACCCCAGAGAUGCAUCCAUGAUUGAUAUAAGCGAUAAUACUGUGACAAUCUGCAUGGAUUACAUCAAAGGCCGAUGCUCCCGGGAGAAAUGCAAGUACUUUCAUCCUCCUGCACAUCUGCAAGCCAAACUCAAGGCGGCCCAUCAUCAGAUGAACCACGCUGCUGCUGGAAUGGCCCUACCACCUGGUGCCCUUCAGCUGAUACCAAAGAGAUCAACACUUGACAAAGCCAAUGGUGCCACUCCAGUCUUUAAUCCCAGUGUUUUCCACUGCCAACAGGCUCUGACCAACCUGCAGCUCCCGCCGCCACCGCCGCCGCCGGCAUUUAUCCCUGCAGGGCCAAUACUGUGCAUGGCUCCCACAACAAGUGUUGUGCCCAUGAUGCACGGUGCUACACCUUCCACUGUGUCUGCAGCAACAUCUGCCACCAGCGUUCCCUUCGCUGCAACAACUCCAAGCAAUCAGCUCAAAUUCUGACCAGUACACCUGUGGCGUAUCAGAAUCGCUCUGCGAGAAGCUUGGUUCGGCCUCUCCACGUAUUUUCUCGUAUGUCUACUUCUGGCAACACCAUUAGUGCAGUGCACACAAUAUAUUAAAUAAAACAAGCAUACGAGCUAACAAAUUCAAACAAAAAAUAAAGCGGAAUUGUCAUAAGUUCUUAUUUGAAAUUAUUAGGUAGAUUGUGACCAUACAAUUUUGUGAUUUGUUAACAUUCUUUGUUGUGAUUUUCCAAUAACCAUUAUCUUAAGUGAAUAACAGUUUAAUAUUUGUUUACAUAUAUCCUUAGUGGAUAAGUAGUCAUCUGUUUUCAAAGUGUUAACUUGCUAUUUUGUUUACAUGGUAGUCUAUUGGGUUGAUUUAGAAUGUAACAAAUACAUCCAGUACCCUUUCCUCAUUAUUGUAUCGUGGUGUAUUGUAUUAGGGUUUAACAUACUAUAGUAGUUUGUUGUAUAUUUGUGGUGUUUGAUUUCAACUAAAAUGUUGUUAACAGAAAAUAUAAGUACAUGUGCUUGAAAGAUGGCAGGUUAACGUUAAUGUACUCUCUCUAGAAUAAUUCUGUAGGAGAAAACUUUUUAAUAGUCUCACUUUUGCGUGGGCACAAAACCUGUUCUUAAAGUAUAUAAUUUUAAUCUGCAGAUAAGACCUUGCAUAAUUAUAUCACACUACUAUAUUUUUGUGUGAGUGAAACAAUUACUUACAAAAAAACAGGAAACUUCUUUAAAUAGCAGCCCAUAUUUUCACUCCUCUUAAGUCAUUGGAAAAACAAGAAUUUGCCUUUAAAUGAAUAUCUCAGCAUUUAUACUAAACUUUGUAAAGUGCCCAUUACAUUUUGUGUGAGUUUAUAACUCCCGGAUCCUAUUUCCUGGGUUGAGUAUCUAAACCGAAGGCAUUUGUCAUCUUCAUCUGAGAAUUAGUACUUGAACAUUUAAAGGCAUGCUAAUUACAGGUUAUAAAUUAAACCAGGAGAUGAGGACAUAGAGAUUGCUUUUGCCUGUUGGAGGAAAGUGUAAAAACCAUUGCUAUUGUCACCUUUUACACAAAUGCCAUUUUCUAAAAGUAAAUGGCUCCUACUCUUUAGACUGCUUUUUGAAUAAUAAGUAAGAUGCAAUCUUGCAAAAGCCAAUGAGGGUAAAAGAGAAAAAAAAGAGAAUUGAUCUCAAGUUAGGUCUUUUCUCCUCAG